GAUCGCGAUUUUGCAACAUGGCGGUGAAUUGAGCCAAAGUCGCGGUGCUGUGCCAUCAGAAAAUGUAUUUUUCAUAGUCGCGCGACCUCUUUUCUUAUACUUUUCGUGCAUGCGACAGUGUGAUACGGAUUCGGGACGCGUCAGACGGUGCACGAUACAUGUAAAUAUGAGUGUGUCGAGGUGCAACAUUAUUACGAAGGUGACACCCCGCAACUCGGUGUGGUGUUCGAGUACGUAUGGCAGAGACUAGAAUUCGAGAUAAGGGAGCUCUGCUUCGCCCAAGUAUUACGUACACUCGACUAAAAUUACCACCACAAAGUAGCGAUGCGGUGGUUACUCCUCCUGAACUGUGAAAACAAAUGUGCAAAAUUCAAAAACUUUGUCAAUCGUUCUAACUUGUGAUCGUAUAUGCGUGCCAAACAAAGAUAUAUAAAAGGGCGUUAAAGAGACCCAAUGGUUUCCUGACAUGAUGGAAAGUAAACUAUACGUGAAAAAUGAGCCGGGACUUGACGGGCAAUCGCUUACAAAUCCACAACCAAAUCCACCCUCCGAGGAUAAUGGAGGUGCUAGGGUUUGUUUUGUUUGUGGUACAGUGGGUCACGGGGAACAGUACUGGCUAAAAGUAAAACCAAGUCCUGGUGGAGCACCAAAUGAACCAUAUUUCCCAUUUCUUGAAUCCCAUGAACCACCUGCUGGUUAUCGUGGAGAAGGAGCCAGGAGCGGAGCAAUCAAGGCAUGCAGUCUUUGCUAUGCAUUGCUCUUACAGCAGUGGGAGAGUUAUGAGCAGGAUGCCAGACCUCAUAGUCAACGAAUUUAUUGGCUAAAAAGAUGCGAUGGUGGACCUUUUACAGGGGCUGAGAUGGCUCUGCAGGGUGAAUACGCGGCUCAAGUUCUUGGCUUAACGAACGAGCAGACGCCACAGCUUAGACCAGAAAAUCGACCGGUGGGAAUUUCUCCGCGACUUCCACCGAAUUCACCGUCGCCGAGAGUGGAGCAAACAAGACCCCCGUCGAAUUCCAUUGAAUUGCCAAGACCACAUUCUAAUACUGCAGAAACGCACAGACACUUAGAACAAGCAAGGCUUACAAUGGAAUCUCCCCAUCAAAGACUGCAAUCGCCGCAUCAAAGGUUACAAAGUCCACGGCAGCCUGUAGAAGAUUCGAGAGUAUCUAAUGAAGCUGCAUUAGAUUUAAGACACGCACCUAGAAGUUCACCUGCACCUCAACCAACUUUACUGCCUCAACCUCAACCCAUUUACAGCGGUGGAUCCUCGUCGAGUGUCGGCACUGACAUCUUAGACCUUUCGAUGCCGGAUAAAAAUUCAGUUACGGAAGUCUGUUACGUAUGUGGGGAUGAAUUCAAAAGAGGGUCACUUAGUCAUAUUGCAGCAAAACCACUGCCAACUCCGCCACAUCCUUCUGCCAGUCCUCCGCCAUUUUUUCCUUCGCUGAUGCUUCAUCCAAGGCCAAGUAGAAGUCGACCUAUGGACAGUGCUGGUCGUGUACAGGCUUGUUCGGCUUGUCAGAAUUACCUUCUGGUACAAUGGAAGGCAUACACUCGGCAGGGUGUACCUCACGGUGAUCGAAACUACACGCUGCGUAAACGACAAGCACCUGCGAUGGACACCACUACCUUCAUCUGUUACACUUGCGCGCUCGAGUACCCUUCGUCCAGUAUUAGACUUCUUUAUUGCUGUCCUAAUCCAGAGAAGGAGGCGUACUAUCCUUUUAUAUAUUCUCUGAGACCUCCACAAGGAGCUAGUCCCAUAAGUCCUCAGGGAAUGGUGCAAGUUUGCUCCAUUUGUUACAAAGCUAUACCGCAAAAGCAACAAGUGUUCGGUGGAGAGAAUCACGAGGCUCAACCCUCGGUGCAGAGCGUGGAUUUUCGACAGCAAGGUCCGUCGCCACGGCCCGCGGUGGCGAAGUCUCCAGCAAAUUCGGCUGGUAGCGAUAUUCGUUUCAAACCAUACGAUUUGAACAAAUCGACCGUUGCCACGAAUAAGCAACGGAGCGCCACGGUGAAAGGUACCACGCCUGGUCAACGAAAUUCUCCGAACAACGGCCCCGCUGAGAAUGGAACCGUUGCUCUCGGUCAGAACUAUAGGUGCUACAUUUGCGAGAGAUUGUACCCUCGCACUCAUAUGGAAUGGUUGUCUACGAGUCCGGAAGGAAUGAAUUCGCACGCCAUGCAUUUUCCCUGUUUGAGGGGAAUGGCGCGCACUUCUGAAAAUGCCUGUAUGGACAGUCAUGGCAGAGUAUUGGCUUGUAGUCACUGUGUCAAUCAUCUUGCCCAACAGUGGGAAAGUAUGGACGCUGAACGAGUUCCUUUAGAACGUCGCAGGUAUGAUAUUCCUAGUCCACAUCCAAACGGCGAAGUCAACCGAUCGAUCGCAACACCGCCGAGCUCUAGUUCGGAUCGAACGUUUGGUAGCAAUCCAGGCACAUCGAGCAGUUCCAUAUAUUGUUUCCUAUGCGGUUUGCAUAGUGAUUUGACUCUGGCGAGAGUAUUGUACGGGCGACCACAAGGUCGCAACGCACCGUUUUUUCCCGAAUUAUUACGCCAUCAGUCACCACCUAACGCCGAACAGCUGAGGGAAGACGGUUCCGCGCUCGUAUGCACGUUCUGUUAUCAUUCUCUUCUAGCGCAAUGGCGUCGAUACGAGUCACUUCCCAGCGGACAGCAAGUGAACGCCGCGGAAAGGCAGUACAAUACGCACGAUUAUUGUUGUUACGUUUGCGGUAUCACGACGUACAGAAAACGAGUCAGAGCGUUGCUUGUGAAGGACUUCCCUUUCCUGAGGUAUCACAGGCAACCAGAAAAGAGUCUGCUAUUGGAAAACGGGGACUUCGCUGUGGUCUGUUUGGACUGUUACGAAACGUUGCGCACUCAAAGUCUUGAAUACGAACGAUGGGGCUUGCCAGUAGAGAAACGCGAAUACAAUUGGAUAGUGCAACCUCCACCACCGGAAGACAGUCCCGACGCAGCCAUCGCUAGAUUGCCAUCCGGCGAAAGGUCCGAGAAGGUGGUUCCGUCGACGUUAACGGUUAGACCAGCUCGAAAAAAUUGUUCCCCGAAAGCACCGGACAAGAAGGCCCCGACGAAGAUCCCGGAAAAAGAACAAGGUCUCCAGCCUGCCAGCACCAAAGCGCAACCCACUACGAUCAGCAAGCCUCACAGACCCAGUUCCGGUGCUUUACCUCAGGGUCAUACCCCUGGACCCGGUCCAGGUGCUCAGCAGAAUAGCAGAAGCUUCGCUGCCGCUUUGAGGAACCUGGCCAAGCAGGCAGGCCCGGCACCUCAGGAAGAAGAGCCUCGCGCGAGUCCCAAGAACCGAGCGCCGCCUCCUCUGGUCAGAGGUCCUUCCCCUGCCAAGGAACGGUCCACUCACGAGAGAAGACCAGAAGAGAUUCCCUCCUUGUACACGACCGCCAGACCAGCGGAUACCAGCAAACACAGCGUAACCGCCGCGGCUUCCGAAUUGCUGGCACGUUCUGGCUUUCAACCGUACCGGCCCGAGCACCAUCCUGCCCAUGCCCCGCCGGCCUUCGCCUUGGAUCCUGCGGCCUACAACCCCUAUCACCACAGUCUCUAUCCACCGCCACACCUCCAACACGCUUAUAGAUUUGAGGAACAUUUGUAUUUGGAACGGUGUGGAAUGCUGAGAACGCCGUUGUUUUCCGGGCUACCUUCGUACCCCCUCUACGGGAUACGAUAUAGUCCGGACAUGAUACCACCCGCAUCCCUCGGACUGAUAUCUCCCGUGAUGCACGAACGACUGAAACUGGAGGAGGAGCAUCGCCUAAGGCAGGCACGGGAACAAGCUGCACUGCGGGAUGAGGAGGAGAGGAGAAGAGCGGCACGAAAUUCUGCUCCAGCCGCCCCGGUACCCGCGCCUGCACCUGCAUCCGCCGAUACUGCAGCUAGGAAGCCGACCAUAGCGGCUCAGAUGCAUAGCGAUCGGGAGCGAGAACGUGAGAACAGAGAUCGGCCGAGCGGGAGCGGGAGCAGCGGUAGCAAUAACAACAAUACCAACAACAACGGUAACAAUAGCGUUGGAUCCGUCGGCAACAGUCACCACCAGUCCAGAAAAGAAGAUCAGUCAACCGCUCCGCCCCCACAGCCUGCUGCUCAGCCACAAUCGUCGGAUCCAGCGGGAGCAGGAAAUAUCUACCAUUCCCGUUUGCCAGGUUUCCCAAACCCAGCAGCUCCCAUCGGCCCACCGCCGUCCCUGGCCACCGCCUCUAUCUGUUCCGUCAGCUCUGCAGCCAUGCCGCCUCCUUUGCCCUCUACUUUGCCCCCUCUGAAUCUUGGACCUCCGCCAGCCAUAAGCUCCGCGCCAAUCGGCCCCCCGCCUAUACCUUCUAUAGCCUCUAUGUCAUCCUUAACGCCUGCCGUAAUAGGACCGCCGCCUCCACCCCCGCUAAGUAUGCCUCUGGCGCCUAUCAUUUCUAUACCCUCCCUCCAUCUGCCUCCCGUACCCUCGACCACCAUUCAUUCUAGUCAGCACACAGCUACGAUAAUGAGCAGCGCGACAACUACCGUUACCACCUCUAUAUACCAUCAGCAGCAACCGCAACAACAAGUGCAACAGUCGCAACAACCACCGCCAUCGUCGCAGCAACACCAACAAAGAAGUAGCAGCGCCGGUUGCGCGACAACAACGACUAGCUCCUUGUCGAGCGGCGGCACGAUCACCACUCACGCGACCCACAGUCUGACCACGCCUAACGCCGUUCCCUCGACUAUAAGCAGCGUCAAUCACAUGAAUUUGACGCACAAGUCCCCGCCGUUGUCUCACAGCGUCCACGCGUCGAGAACCAAGGACGCGACGACGAUACCGACGAGCACGACGGUGAACGCCUCGACCACGACCACGACGAUGACCACUAUCCCUGCGACGAAUACGACAACAGUGGCUUCGCAGCCAGCCUUCGUCAGACCGUUCGAGGAUUCCUUUCGUUCCUCGUCGAAACCCCAACAGAGGAUCGCGAACAGUCACAAUCACAGCAUAACGAGUCAGCUGACUCAUCCAGAAUCGCCGAUCAAGUCGCCCGCUACGACCUCGACUGCUUCCCAAGCGAUCGGCCAGAUGAUCUCUGACAAUUCCACCACGGAUAGCGCGAAAACCAUGAGUCUUCAACAAUCGUUAUCGCAGCCGAUCCCCUAUCCGCCUCAACAGUUUCAUCAUCCUCACAUACCCGUCUCGCACGUACCUGGCUUGUACAAACCGCCCCACUUCUCCUCCUCGUUGCCCCAUCAGCAUCAUCCCCAGUCGAAGGUCAACGUACCAACGUUAACGACUACCAGCAGCGCGAACAACGUCACGAACGUCACCAAUUCGAACUGCACGAAGCAACAGAGCUCGCAUCACCCUACCGAAUCGAGCCAGGCAACGGUAGCUUCUCAACGAAACGAGAAUUCAGCGUCGAACGCGAUUAAUUGUGUCUCCAGCGAGAAAACGACGGGGACCGCGAACUACAACGGUAGCAGUCUCGUCCCAGCUAGCGGAAACAAGAUCGCGAAUCACGCGAACUCGCAUCACAAGAGCAACGCUGAUGCGACGAGGGAUGGAAAACCGAACUCGUGCAACGAGAAAGUCGAGAACCACGCGAAGCAAACGGCAGCGAGUCAGAAUCACCUAGCGAAGAACACGGUUCAAGACAAACCGUUGACACCCCAUAUGACGUACGAGCAAGGGAAAGGUCCGCCCUUUCAACCUGUGAACUUGAAUUUCGCCGAGAAGGAAAUCAAGCCCGAGGUGGAGACUAAGAUACCAAGCGAUCAGAAUAACGUUUUGUCCACAUUAUCGUUUCAACCGAGUUUUAAGUUUAGUAUAAACGACAUCGCGCAAAAACCGAUGGACACCACCCACCAGCUGAUGCACAGCAUUAAAUCCGAGGAGGUUUUGCGCACGUGUCAGAACGUCUCGAACGUUCUCUUGCAGAUACCAAAAUACCAAGAGAAACUGUUGAAUUUCUCGACAGAGCUAAAAACCGCCGCAUUUUGUUUCACCGACAAGUGCAAUAAUUUGACUGAGAUUUCCGUGAAGUGCGAACCAGCGGUGUUGAACGUGCCUGACCUGAGCAAGGCUCUAGUCAAACAGGAGGCCACCGGGGAGAAGUCUUUUCUUGUACCUGAGAAACCGAAGGAGUUGACGUCCUCGCUAGAUCUAGCCGAGAGGAGGAGGAAACGGAAACGGGAGAGAAACACGAGCCUCGCAUGCAGUUCCGAGUCCGAAGGCGAAGAUGAUGUCAAGGAUGUGGAUCUCUGGAUCACCAAAGGUCCGCCGGCCAAGUUGCAGUAUUCCGAGAAGAAAUUGACUUUCCUCGCCAUGUUCGGAUUGACCACUUUAAGCAUGAGAAACGAAAUGGAGCUUUACAAAGUGGAAAAGAGAUACAGAUUAAAUCCUGAUCCGCCAGACGUACCUUCGGAAUUGGAGCCAGUAAUCGAAUCUGUAUUACCUAUACCACGCGAACAUCCAGACGUGUUACUUCAUGCGCCAGACUUUGAGCCAAAAGUUGGUUUCCUCAGGACCAUAGGCCUCGACGUGAUGCCUCCUAAUAGAAGAGACGAGGCAGAGGUAACGUGGCAGUACGUUCUACAGGAUCGUAAAAAACGGAGAAGCACGAAUUCCGUGACCGCGUACUGUGAAAGAAUUGCCAAGAUUUACUCGAACAAUCCGCCAUCGUUACCGAAACCACCGCAAAAGAUGAGGCUCCUGGACAAAGUGAAAGUGAAGCACGUUCCAGAACGACCACCGCCUCUACCACCUUUGGUUCCAAACAUUGUUUCCAUGUGUUAUCCGGCUUUACCCAUGCCUGGUGAAAAUGGCGUGAAACAACACUGCAAGGUCGUGGAUAUUAAAAUCGUAGACGACAACGCCGACGAGAACGUGGGUGAAAAAAGGGAAAGACCUAAAUGGGCCGGAAUCGAAGACAUCAUGUUCGCGUAUAGAGAGUAUUCCAAAGAAAAAACGCUGGAGAAGAAAAUCUUGACGAGCGAAACAUCAAGAUUGGUGGCACAGUCGAACAACUUACGUUCCGAAACGAUUCACCUGGAACGAAGGAUGUACGAGCUUUUAUCCGCUAGGACGGCUCUUGAUUCGGAGAGGCGAGUGCUCGGCGAAAAGAUUGAAAGGAUUAACGCACUUGUUAGGAACCUUAGGUAGCGACGCGCAACGCACAACACGGAAACUCAUUCAUCUGUGAUAUUAUCAAAGGGUUAAGGGUCGUUAGCGUACAGUACCGAGUAUAAAACCUUAUGGUACUCGGGGCAAGAGAACGAUCGUGAGGGAAGUUUUACUGACCAAAUGUACAGCAGCCUUUCGUAUUGUUUUUGCGACUAAAUAUAUACACGUUAUACACAAAAUACAGUAACGGCAAUUUAAUGCGACGUUCAAAGAGUCGCUAGAACCAUCUUUAUAUUUCAAUGAACGAGAACUGUUUAGGAUGUUGUUGUAAACAAAGGAAAAGCCAUAUCAGCAGUAUGAGAACACGUGUAAGAUUGAUU